ACAGCAGAUCUUGCGCACUGUCCUGUGGCUGAGUACACUGUUGGGUUGCAACCUGCAACCACUACCGCUACAGCGAGGUACAGAAGAAUGGAAAACUCGUUAAGACAACGAAGAGGUCUUCAGGUUACUAUUUCUCUUUAAUACAAUUGGAAACAUUUCAUGUUCUGCAGUCAACCUCGGAUAUGGUAUGCCCAAUAAUAUAACUUGAACCCUAUGUGCCAUACCAGUGGAUGACAGAUCUCUGUGAGGGAGGGAUGGAUGACCUGUGGAGUAUAACGACUUUGUUGCUGCAGGUGUGGUUCUCCGUGAUGAUUGGGCUUAUCAUGAUACCUGCUAUGUUUGGCCUCUCCCUGGGGGUCACUUCGGUCUAUAUUCAGAUUCUGGUCAAGAUAUUGGAGUGGGCCACCCUGCGGAUCCAGAGAGGACACAGGGAUCGACCCACUCUGCCAGUGCCUGCUCCGCUACCCAAUGGACUCAUCCAGAGGGAGGGUGGCUCUAUGGAACAGGAGAUGGGGGAGCUGCGUCGGUAUCGUACCCAGUCCAUAUCGAGGGGAGAGUUUGCGCUGAGCGACUCAUUCUACUUCUACAGAAAGGGCCUGGAGAGCAUCGUGGAUGACCAGGUCACUCAGCGCUUCUCCUCUGAGGAGCUGGUCUCCUGGAACCUCCUGACCCGCACCAACCACAACUUUCACUACAUCAGCCUGCGCCUCACCGUCAUCUGGGGCCUGGGCGUGAUCAUACGUUACUGUGUCCUUUUCCCUCUCAGGAUAACCCUGGCAAUCAUAGGGAUUAGCUGGCUGGUGAUCGGGACAACUUUGGUGGGGUUUCUACCUAACAGGAGAGUGAAGAACUGGCUCAGUGAGUUAGUCCAUCUGAUGUGCUAUAGGAUUUGUGCCAGAGGCCUCUCUGCCACCAUCCAAUACCACAACAAAAAUAAUAAACCACAAAAAGGAGGAAUAUGCGUAGCAAACCACACCUCACCUAUUGACAUUGUCAUUUUGGCCAAUGAUGGAUGCUACGCUAUGGUGGGUCAAAGUCACAGUGGGCUGAUGGGGGUCAUCCAGAGAUCAAUGGUGAGGUCCUGCCCCCAUGUGUGGUUUGAGAGGUCGGAGAUGAGAGACCGGCAUGCUGUUACCAGUAGAUUGAGGGCUCAUGUUGCAGCGAAGCGCAAUCUACCCAUUUUGAUUUUCCCAGAGGGAACCUGCAUCAACAACACAUCAGUCAUGAUGUUCAAGAAGGGAAGCUUUGAGAUUGGAGGGACAAUAUACCCAGUUGCAAUCAAGUAUGACCCACGCUUUGGAGAUGCCUUCUGGAACAGUGCCAAGUACAACAUGGUGAGCUACCUACUGAGAAUGAUGACCAGCUGGGCCAUCGUGGUCAAUGUGUGGUACCUGCCCCCAAUGACCAGACAGGAAGGGGAAGAUGCUACCAAGUUUGCCAACCGAGUGAAGUCUGCUAUUGCACAUCAGGGAGGGCUGUUGGACAUGGCGUGGGAUGGGAGCUUGAAGAGAGACAAGGUGAAAGAAGAAUUUAAAGAGCAUCAACAGAAGAUGUACAGCAGUAUGGUUGUGGGAAAGAAAGCUAGAAACUCACAAGAGCCUCACACAGAGAGCUCCAAGAGCUAAUGGCAUUGGAAUUAACACUGGACAAUCUCUGACAGUGGGCGAUAACUUCAAAGUAUUUUACAUACUACAAUGCAUAGUCAUUCCAAAUCAAUGGCCUUUGUUAUUGAAUACACGGAUUCAUUAUAAUUGUGUGGUAUCAGACUCUGAUACCCAACAUAUAGUUUAUCCGUUUUUAAUGCAUGAAAUGCCUUUUUUUUAAAGAAUUGUUUUAUAGAAACUUAAACAUAUCAAACUUAACUGCAAGUAGUACUAAUCUGUAUGAUAUUAAAUUAUCUCUGAUAAUGUUACAGUAAUACAACGUUUUCAGAUUGCACUAAACUUAACAUUAUUCAAGAAUGUGUUUACGUUGACACAGAAUUUGUACUGGUAUUAGUAUUCAUUUGUGCAAUUUUCUUUCUUAUGUUACGUUAUGCUCCUUACAAUGCAACUCCUUACCCUAAAUAGCCCCCUACAAUAUACACUGAGUGUACAAAACAUUAAGGACAUCUGCUCUUUCCAUGACAUAGACUGACCAGGUGAAUCCAGGUGAAAACUAUGAUCCCUUAUUGA